CGGGGCCCUGUCAGGAAGUUCUUCCUGCGGCCUCCAGCGGAGUGCAUUGCGCAUGCUCAUCGCCACCAUUUUGCCGUUGAGUGUUGUGUCGGGGGCUCGUUCACCGGGGCGGGGGAGGCUGAGGAAUCCGGGCCCGGGAGAGCAGCCGAGUGUCACUGCAGCCAGGCCAGCGCCACAUCCACCGACAGGCCGGGGAGAGCAAACAGCGGAGCAGACAUGGCCAAUAUCGCCGCACAGAGGAUCAAGAGGGAGUUCAAAGAGGUGCUAAAGAGCGAGGAGACUAGCAAAAACCAAAUCAAAGUAGACCUAGUAGAUGAGAAUUUCUCUGAACUGAGAGGUGAAAUUGCUGGCCCUCCCGAUACUCCAUAUGAAGGUGGACGAUACCAGCUAGAAAUCAAAAUACCAGAAACAUACCCUUUUAAUCCCCCUAAGGUGCGGUUUAUUACAAAAAUCUGGCAUCCGAAUAUUAGUUCAGUAACCGGAGCUAUAUGUUUGGACAUUUUGAAAGACCAGUGGGCGGCAGCCAUGACGUUACGAACAGUGCUGUUAUCGUUGCAAGCUCUCUUGGCUGCAGCAGAACCAGAUGAUCCACAGGACGCCGUGGUUGCCAAUCAGUACAAGCAAAAUCCAGACAUGUUUAAACAGACAGCUCGGCUUUGGGCACAUGUAUAUGCAGGAGCGCCUGUCACUAGUCCAGAAUACACGAGAAAAAUAGAAAACCUUUGUGCUAUGGGUUUUGAUAAAGUAAGUUGUGUACUUGUGUAUUUACUACAGUGGAACAAUUUCAGUUGUUUGGUCUUUUCAGACUAG